GGGGCGAAUAAAGGGGUGAGAGCAGCUCCGGGCCAAGGAGAGGCUCGAACCCGCGGCUUGUGAGGCGCCGCCACGUUAGGAAGGGCCCCGGCGCCAUAUUGGGAAGGGCGAGGCCGUGGCGUCCGCCAUGAUGGAGGGAUCAGAGAGGCGGGCAGCGCCGCCAUCUUUGUGAGGUCAGCGCUUGAGGCGUGGCCAGUGGCGGAAGGGGGCGUGGCUUCGGCCGCCAUGAGGCCGCGCGCGGUCCCCCCGCCGCCGCCGCCGCCGCCGCCCGGAGGGAUCCUGAGGCGGGGGGGGCGCGGAGGGGGGAACCGCCAGGUGCGCUUCGCGCUGAGCCCCGCGGAGCCUGAUGAGGAGGAGGAAAAUGAGGAGGGGGCGGUCCCCGCCCCGCCCCCCCUGCCCCUGGCGACCCCCACCCUGCACAGCAGCCGGGGGGUCGCCGGCGGGGCCCCCCCCGAGCCGUUCGACGCCUCCCGCGCCGCGGCCGCGCUCCUGGGCAGCUCCUUCGCCGCUCGCAACGCCCUGGGCGGGGCGGCGGCCGCAGCCAUGAACGUGCCCCAAGCCCAGCGGCUCUUCCGGGGCCUCGUCAGCCUGGCCGUGCCCCCCCCGCCGGGGCCGCGCAGGGGGGUCCCGGCCACCCCCGUGCCCACCCCACAGGUGCCCGGGCCGGAGUUGGGGGUGCUGGCAGGGGGUGCGGGGAGGGGGAUGGGGUGGCCCUGGCUGCCUCCUCCCAACCCCCCCGAGCCCCCCCGGGCCCUCCCGCGCCCCCCCGGAGCCGCCUUUGCCAUGUAUCAGAAGCUGCAGCAGUGGGAGGGUUGCUGAGGGGGGAACAACUGCCCCAAAUCCCCCUUUUUUUACCCAAAAAAAUAAACCAUUAUUUGUGACUUUU